ACAGCGGCCAUACCUACUUGUUUGUCCUUGUUUUUUCGGCCCACACUGCCCUUAAUUUCACAUUAAAAAAUCCAGAAAAAAAAAAUCCAGCCGUAGCCAUAGCCGCCAUAGCCAUAGCCAUAGCCAUAGUCAUCUACCUAUAUACUUCUCUUUUGUUUUACUAUGCUAUGUAGUGUCCGUUUGUCUCUCUCUAUAUAUUUUACUGGGCAAGAAGAAGAAGAAGAAGUGAAAGUGAUAUCAAGUGACUGUUGUUGUUGAUCUUCAAACUCGUUUAGCUGUAUGUCAGAGGUGUAUUUUACUACUACUUUGAUAAUUACUACGGUAAGUUUGCUAACCCUUUACAAUGGCCUCCUUAGCUCAGGGGAAAACGAAGCCUUGUUGCAUUGACACUUCCAAAUCUUCCAGUACUAAUUGGACUGUCACAGCCUCCGCUACCUCAUCCGCCGCCGCUGCUCCUUCUGAAGAUCUGAUCCGCAACACCCCAGCAUCCAUGGCUGCUCUUAUCCGCCCGAGCCCUGUAGUAGAUUCUAUCCCUGAUCAACCAACCAAGACUUCUUCCACCAAAGGCAUCCCAGUCAUGAUGAGGGCUCAAACCAGCCACCCUUUGGACCCUUUAUCUGCUGCUGAAAUUUCUGUGGCAGUAGCUACUGUCAGGGCAGCUGGAAAAACCCCUGAGGUGAGAGAUAGCAUGCGUUUUAUUGAGGUAGUUCUGGUGGAACCGGAUAAGCAUGUCGUUGCUUUGGCAGAUGCAUAUUUCUUCCCUCCUUUCCAGCCAUCAUUACUUCCCAGAACAAAAGGAGGACCUGUAAUUCCAAGCAAACUUCCUCCUAGGCAAGCUCGGCUUGUUGUUUAUAACAAAAGUUCCAAUGAAACAAGCAUAUGGAUAGUGGAACUAUCUGAAGUUCAUGCUGCAACUAGAGGUGGCCACCAUAGGGGAAAGGUCAUUUCUUCCAAGAUAGUUCCUGAUGUUCAGCCUCCCAUGGAUGCCGAAGAAUAUGCUGAAUGUGAAGCUGUUGUGAAAGACUAUCCUCCAUUUCGUGAAGCAAUGAAGAAGAGGGGCAUUGAGGAUAUGGACCUUGUGAUGGUAGAUCCUUGGUGUGCUGGAUAUCAUAGUGAUGCUGAUGCUCCUAGCCGUAGACUCGCCAAACCACUUGUCUUCUGUAGAACUGAGAGUGACUGCCCUAUGGAAAAUGGCUAUGCCCGCCCUGUUGAAGGAAUCCAUGUACUUGUUGAUAUGCAAAACAUGGUGGUCAUUGAAUUUGAAGACCGCAAACUUGUGCCUCUGCCACCUGCUGAUCCAUUAAGAAACUACACUCCAGGGGAAAGUCGAGGCGGCGCUGAUAGAAGUGAUGUGAAGCCUUUACAGAUUGUUCAGCCUGAAGGUCCUAGUUUUCGAGUAAAUAGGCACUUUGUUGCUUGGCAAAAGUGGAAUUUUCGUAUUGGUUUUACUCCUAGAGAGGGUUUGGUUAUCCACUCUGUUGCAUAUAUUGAUGGCAGUAGAGGCCGAAGACCUGUGGCUCACAGAUUAAGCUUUGUGGAAAUGGUGGUCCCUUAUGGAGAUCCAAAUGAUCCACAUUACAGAAAAAAUGCUUUCGAUGCAGGAGAAGAUGGGUUGGGUAAAAAUUCACAUUCUCUUAAGAAGGGUUGUGAUUGCUUAGGAUAUAUAAAGUACUUCGAUGCACACUUUACAAACUUCAGUGGUGGUGUUGAAACAAUUGAGAAUUGUGUUUGCCUUCAUGAAGAGGAUCAUGGAAUCUUAUGGAAACAUCAGGAUUGGAGAACAGGUCUGGCUGAAGUGAGAAGGUCUAGACGGCUAAGUGUCUCAUUUGUUUGCACUGUGGCCAACUAUGAAUAUGGAUUUUUCUGGCAUUUCUAUCAGGAUGGGAAAAUUGAAGCUGAGGUUAAACUCACAGGGGUUCUAAGUUUAGGAGCAUUACAACCAGGAGAAACACGCAAAUAUGGUACAACUAUUGCUCCUGGACUUUAUGCACCAGUUCAUCAGCACUUCUUUGUGGCUCGGAUGGACAUGGCAGUUGAUUGCAAACCCGGUGAAACAUUCAAUCAAGUGGUCGAGGUAGAUGUUAAAGUUGAAGAACCAGGUAACAAGAACGUUCACAACAAUGCAUUUUAUGCUGAAGAGACAUUGCUGAAAUCUGAGCUGCAAGCUAUGCGAGAUUGUAAUCCUUCAUCUGCUCGCCAUUGGAUUGUGAGAAACACAAGAAAUGUGAACAGAACUGGGCAUCUAACAGGGUACAAGCUAGUACCCGGUUCAAAUUGCUUGCCAUUAGCUGGUUCUGAAGCAAAGUUUUUGAGAAGAGCUGCCUUCUUGAAGCAUAAUCUUUGGGUUACACCAUAUGCAAGAGAUGAAAUGUAUCCAGGAGGAGAGUUCCCUAAUCAGAAUCCACGUGUUGGUGAGGGAUUGGCUACUUGGGUCAAUCAAAACCGAUCAUUGGAAGAAGCUAAUGUUGUUCUUUGGUAUGUAUUUGGAGUGACACACAUCCCACGCUUGGAAGAUUGGCCUGUCAUGCCUGUGGAGCACAUUGGUUUCAUGCUCAUGCCACAUGGGUUCUUUAAUUGCUCGCCGGCGGUGGAUGUGCCUCCCAGUACAACCGAUUUGGAUUUAAAAGACAAUGCGGUGGCCCCAAAGCCCAUUCAAAAUGGGCUUCUUUCUAAGCUGUAAACGGGCUGAUCUGUACAAAUGUUGGCCCACAUUUAUGUCAUUUUCAUCUUCAAUUUCUUAAAAUGGAAAAGAAAAAUAAAUUAUGUCUAGUAAAACAAUAAAUAAAUACACAUUACAUAAUUUAAUAUUAUUAAUUACUAAA